AUGCAGUUGGUACUCUACAGAGGAGAGGCAAGUCUGCCGGAGAGUAUUUCUGGUCUGGCUGUGAGCAAUAGAUAUAUUGCAACUGCACAGUCAAGUGGCGUGAUAGAACUAUUCAGUAACCCACAUUUAUUCAGUCUUGCACGGAUUGACAUAGGCAUGCGGGACAUUCAAACAAUGGAGUUCAACGGCGAUGUGCUGGUUAUUGGGUCCUUAACACAGGGAAUAGCGUAUGUGGACACUCUUACAAUGGCAGUGAAAAAAGAAAAAAAGAAGGAGUCUGGAAAGUGCUGUGCAGGCAAAAACAGGAGCUGGUUAUUUACAGUUUAG